AUGUUCGAGCAACAAAUCUACCACAUGCUAAUGCACACGUCAGGCGUUAUAGAGAAAAUCGCGCCUCCAUUUGGAAAGCUGGAAAUGGCUGAAAUAUUUUCUCUGCCUAAUGAGCUCCUUAUGUUUUUACUGAACCAUCUGGAUGGUCCUAGUGCGAGAUCGUUUGGAAAUACCUGCAAGCGCUUCAGAAGAUUCACACUUACCAAUAAGACGAAGCUGCCGAAGCCUGAAUUAAAAUGGGAUGUUGCUCAACUCACAUUCGGGCGGAGGAUAACGCUUGUACGGCAACGUAACUUCAUUCAACAACGUAAACGAAAACGACUUGCGGACACAAAUGGACUGGAUAGAUGGGAAUUCACGGAGGAAGAAUUCUCUGCAAAGUUUGCCAAUCUAUUUUUUGUGAUAACCCCGCGGGAAAUGUUGAUAAAAUGCAAGGAUUUCGACGACCAUAUAGAAGCACUUAUCAGAAAAUGUGUUGGAAUUUUACGAGGCAGUACAUUGGCUUUGGAAAUGGACAAAUGCUCGUUGGAUGAGCGUGCGUUGGGUGAGUUCUUCAAAUACUACUCACCGUUCAAUCUUCACUUAGCCGGUCAUUUCGAUAGAAGCAUGAUAUCUGAUGAGAUAUCAUCUCGACAUUACUUCAGUCAUUCUUAUCGACUUUUUGAACUCUCACAAUGCUGCCAUCUUUCCAAACUUUUAUAUUCGCCUUUCAUCCCCCAAUGGUUGCGCGCAAACCGGGCUGAUAUGGAGACGUGCACACGGGUUUCUGGGAUCACGAUUCGAAAAAUUGUAAACAAUUGGUUCAAGCGCUAUCCGGAUAACACCAAAGACAGACCAGAACUGCCUCCCAUCGACAACUAUCUUACCAGAAAUUUCUCCAUAGAAAUACCAGACUGCGAUUUGGAUUACAACGAGUUUUUCGCUUUUCUCAGGGAAUUAAUUCUUAUUCCUCACGGUACCAGAGAAAGGAUUAAGAUUGGAAAACUUCCGAAAACUUUGAUUCAUACCAUCUACAACAACUUGUCAACGUUCAAUGAAAUCGGACCAGCAUUAUGGGUGGGAGAAGGCAUUUGCAGUGUUGACGAUAUUAAAUGGUGUGCCAGCCUAACUUGCCAAUGUGAUAAGGGCCAUUUGGCGGAUCACAAUUAUUUUUUGGAUCGGGAAUUGCCACCGGAUCCAGCUCAGAUGUGUGAUACAGUCCAGUUGGAUCUGAGUAUUUCGGUUUCACAACAUGAGGAAAUGCUGCGACCGAAAAAUUAUCUUCUCAAUGUUUGGAUCACCUUGAAGUCUAGUGAAGUGGAGAGUGAAAAAUAUUUGCCAGAGACUGCGCUGGUGGACAGUUCUUCUUCGCAGCAAGGGCGUCGAAAACAGACCAUAGAUGCAGCCAUCGCUGAGGUUUCGAAGGAUAUGCUCCCCGACCUCGACAAGGCUACAUUGGCUGAUUUGGGCGUGACAGCAGUUGGCGACCAAUUAGCGAUUCUGAAGCAUGCAAAAGAUGAAACUUACGAAAUGGAGGCUGAUUCGCCGGAAAAACUUCGCGUACACAUCCCAGGACCAAAAGCUGAAUACCUAGUGGAUGAGGAUGAAUUAUCAGCAGAAGAGGAGGAGUAUGUGGAAGACGACAUGGUUUGGGACGAUGAAGUGGAGGAAGAAGUGGAAGACGAUCAAUAUGAGGAGGAUGUAGAGUACAUGGAUGGUCGCCCAAGCGUGUAUCACCGAUUGUCAAGGAUCGCACCUUAUUAA